UUUUAUGAUAACCCGCCAAGCUAUAAGCUGAGGCACUCCCCUUUUCACACCGAAAGCCUCUCUCUCUCGUCCUCCUCUUCUCCCUCUCUCUCUCUCUCUCUCUUCAAGAAAUAAAGAAAGGAAAAGCAUUUUUCUCUCUCUCUCUGGAAGCGUCAGUCUUGUAUUGCCUUCUCUUCUCUCUCUCUCUCUCCCUCUUCAAGAAAUAAAGAAAAGCAUUUUUCUCUCUCUCUGUCUGGAAGCGUCCGUCUUGUAUUGCCUUCUUCCUCAUUUGUUUGUAGAGAAAAAGAAGGAAACGGUGUGAGGGUUGUGAGAUUGAAAGGAAACAAAACUUUAUCGGAAAAUGAGCAUCGGCGGCGGCGACUCGGUGGAGGCGGAGUACAUAAGGAGGCACCACAGGCACGAGCCCAGAGAGAACCAGUGCACUUCGGCUCUGGUCAGGCACAUCAAAGCCCCUGUGCAUCUCGUCUGGUCCUUGGUGAGGAGAUUUGAUCAACCGCAGAAGUACAAGCCGUUUGUUAGUCGGUGCACCAUGAAGGGGGACCUUGGCAUUGGGAGCGUUAGAGAAGUGAAUGUUAAAUCUGGUCUUCCCGCAACAACCAGCACUGAGAGGCUGGAGCUUCUUGAUGAUGAUGAGCACAUUCUUGGCAUCAGGAUUGUUGGCGGUGAUCAUAGGCUAAGGAACUACUCUUCAAUUAUUACCGUCCACCGUGAGGUUAUUGAAGGAAGACCAGGGACACUUGUUAUUGAAUCCUUUGUAGUGGAUGUGCCUGAUGGGAAUACCAAGGAUGAGACAUGCUACUUUGUUGAGGCUCUGAUCCGGUGCAAUCUCAAGUCUUUGGCUGAUGUCUCAGAGAGGAUGGCUGUCCAGGACCGAACCGAACCUAUCAAUCAAUAGUGGAUUUGGGGGAUGGCACAGGAGUACGAUGGACUAUAGCUAUACCAACCAUGUGGUUUUUUUGUCUUAGAUGCUUUGUAGGGAUAGUACGAGCUUUCCUUCCAUUCACAGAAGCUUUGGGAACAUUGCUGCUUUUAGCAUUUCCGACUGAUGAACAUCCUUCCUCACUCUGGUAACGAUGCUGGGGUUUCUCGUAUUUGUGUUUCAAGGACGAGCUUUCUAGGUUUUUAUAAGCUCUCCAUGAAGGGAAAGGGAAAGCUACUGUGAGUUUUAUUGUUCCUGGGUUUCGUGCAUGGUGAUACCGAUGUUAGUACGACUCUGAUCUGUAAAUAUAUGUCUUGGAAAGAGAUGGUAUCUAUGGAAUUGGGGUUUUCAUCUUGUAGGACAGGGAGGAUUCAGGGCGUCGAGCCGCUGUUCCGUUGUUUGUGUGUAUACUUUAUGUAUUUGCAUUCUUAAUAAGUUAUUGUAAUCGCGUUACUUCCGUUUUUUCUUCUUGUUGGAUAAUACGUCGAAACUUCAGUAAAAAUGGCCUAUUCUUUCUUA